AUGCUGCGACGGCCGCCAAUCGACGAAAGGGGGUCCUUGCAACAGCAGAAGCUGUUUCUUGCCUUCGCCGUUAUACUUCUGCCUUGGGUCCAGCUCGCCAACGCUCAAUCGCAGCAGGCCGCUCGUUCCGUCAUCUCACCACAGCUUGCUCCCGCUGCUGGUGUAGACUUGGGUGCAGAUACCAGCUACAAGGACCAGAAGCGCCCACGAGAGAAUCAUCCAGCCGCUUUUGCUGCCGCUGCCGCUCGAAAUCCCGUUCAUUGGGAAGCGACUCCCAUCAGUGCCGCUACGAUAGAGACACCCAGCAGUGGUCAUGGCAAAAGAUCGGCUCUGCAGAAUCAACCUGUUUACCAGCUAGAGGAGCAACGUCAGCAGCAAGCUCGACGGAGCUCGAAAGACGCACCCUCCAACUCUCACAUACAUAAUCACGACAAGAUACAACGUAAACCCGAUGCGAGCGCCUCCGCAACAACUUUGGCUCCGGAUAAUUCCGUCCGAGCACCAUCUCCUCUACGACGCCAACCUUCUGAGUUGACCACGUCGCAAUAUGCGCGGAGUCUGGAGGACUGGGAAGUAGAAGACUUUGUUCUUCUGGCGACCGUCGAUGGAGACCUCUAUGCCAAUGACCGCAAGACUGGCAAACAACUCUGGAGUCUCCUGGUCGACCAAGCAAUGGUCGAAACCAUUCACCACCGAAGUAACAGCUCCGAACUCGAUGACGACUAUAGCCCUGUGGACCACUACGUCUGGGCUAUUGAGCCAAACCAAAAUGGCCGCGUCUAUGUUUGGGUUCCUGAGCCCGACGCAAGACCGCGAUGGACUGGCUUCACCAUGAAAGAGCUGGUUGAAGUACUCUCCCCCUUUGCCGGAAAUGAACCCGAACCUGCUGUUGUCUAUGUCGGCGACAAGAGGACAACAAUGGUCACGCUCGAUGCCGCCACUGGACGUGUCAUCAAAUGGUUUGGCACGGGGGGUUCUCACGUUGACGAGGCCGAGAGUUGUCUGAGGCCAAAUGCAUUGUACGGCAAGGACGCCGAAGAAUGCAGCGCUAUCGGCACUAUUACUCUCGGCAGAACCGAGUACACCGUCGGUAUUGAGAGGCGGGACGGAAAGCCAAUUGCCACUCUGAAAUACGCCGAAUGGACCCCUAACAACCGCGACAAAGACCUGUUUCACCAGUACCACGUGUCAAAGGACUAUCGAUACAUCUCAACUCAACAUGACGGCAAAGUGUACGCCUUUGACUAUGCACGCUCCGACUCCAAUUCUGUCCCAGCUCGUCUCUUCAGCCAAAAGUUUGAGGCUCCCGUGGUCCGCGUAUUUGAUGUUUGUCGUCCUUGGGAUGCCACGCCGGAUAGCAACCCGGAUCUGAUUCUCCUACCCCAGCCGGUAAUGCCGUCGCCCGACGAUCGCACCUCAAACAAUAUUUUUCUGAACCGCACCGUAACCGGUGGCUGGUAUGCCCUCAGUGGCCGUGCCUACCCUCUGAUUGACGCCGCCCCCGUGGCCCCGGCCUCGCGUCCCGACGGGUGGGAGAGGAUGGAGUCGUGGGACAGCAUGACGGAGACAAAAUUAUCCAAGUUGGUCGGUACCCACUCGCUAGGCACUCAGCACAAGGUACAGCAAUUUCCUGCAUUGCCUGACCGGCCAGCAACAGACCAUGGCAUGGAGGAUCCGGACAACAAGUCUGUCCCUCAACGUGUCCCGGCCGAGAUCGAGGCCCCCACCAUUGUGGACAAAGUUAAGAGCAUCCCACAAAGUGCAGCGACCAGUGUCUACGAUUUUUUCAGUAAUCCCGUCCUGAUCAUUUUCCUCAUUGGUCUUCUGGUCUACAACAGGAAGACGUUCACGAGAGCUUACCAGUUGUGGCUUAACGGACGCAGUCCCAAGGAUGCGCUGUCAUACUUGCUCCCAGGAACAAAACCUGCCGAUGACAAACUUGCUGUUCAAGAUGAUAAUACAUCGGAAUCCGGUGAAAAGCAGUCACCAACAGCCAUCACCGCAGAGGACAAUUCAAGCGAAGCUAGCUCGUCUGGAUUGGACGCCAAGGCUCAGGAUUGCAGUCCCCGCAAUGACGAUGCAAAGCGUGAAGAUGAAAGUGCCGCCGACCCCGAUCCAACGCCCAAGACCAACGACCCGUCUCCAGAGUUGCGCGCCGGUCAAGAUAAGCUAGGCGAUGGUGCUGACGAUAACACGGCCGGCGGCGGUACAGUCGCAGAGGUGAAGAAGAGGAAAGCCCACCGUGGACGUCGGGGUGGCGUAAAGCAUCGGAAAGGUAGACCGCGUGACAGCUCGCAAUCCCGAGGCGAUGAUCCACCAAAUGCCACCGUCGAAGAGGCUGUUAGCAAUGCCAAGAAGCUAGGAGACCGACCUACCUGGGAACCAGAUGUCUUGACAGUUGCCAAUGACAUGCAGGCCGUGUCCGGUCCCAUUAUCAAAAUGGGAAACAUCGAGGUCAAUCUCGAAGAACAGCUCGGAACAGGUAGCAAUGGCACGCUCGUGUUUGCUGGAAAGUUUGAUGGGCGUGAAGUGGCCGUCAAGCGAAUGUUGAUUCAGUUUUACGACAUUGCAUCUCAAGAGACUAGGCUUCUGCGUGAGAGUGACGAUCAUCCAAACGUUAUCCGCUACUAUUCCCAGCAAACCCAAGGCGGUUUUCUCUUCAUCGCCUUGGAACGCUGCGCCGCAUCAUUAGCAGAAAUUGUGGAGAGGCCGUACGCAUUUCAUGAGUUGGCAAAUGCCGGCAAACUGGACUUACCAGGGGUGUUGUACCAAAUUACCAAUGGAAUCAGCCACUUGCAUAAUCUCCGAAUUGUUCACAGGGAUCUGAAGCCCCAGAACAUUCUUGUCAAUAUGGGAAAGAACGGCAAGCCACGGCUUCUCGUCUCUGACUUUGGCCUAUGUAAGAAACUGGAGAGUGAACAAUCGUCCUUUGGUGCCACGACCGGUCGAGCAGCUGGAACGUCGGGCUGGCGAGCGCCUGAGCUCUUGCUGGACGACGACGGUCGCGACCUCAACCUGAUUGAAGCUAGCACUCACAGCGGAUCGGGCUCUGUGCUCGUCCCAGACGGCAACAUGCCGCACCAUCGACGGGCCACGCGGGCCAUUGACAUAUUCUCCCUCGGUCUCGUCUUCUUCUACGUCCUGACCAACGGUUGCCAUCCCUUUGACUGCGGGGACAGAUAUAUGAGAGAAGUCAACAUCCGGAAGAACAACUACAGCCUACAGCUUCUGGAUGUGCUGGGCGAUUUUGCGUUCGAGGCAAGGGACCUGAUCACGUCGAUGCUCAAUGCCAACCCCAAGCUGCGGCCAAGCGCAACCGAGAUUAUGUGUCAUCCGUUCUUUUGGUCGCCCAAGAAGCGGCUCUCUUUUCUUUGUGAUGUGUCGGAUCACUUUGAGAAGGAGCCGCGCGAUCCUCCGUCUGUAGCUUUGGAAGAACUUGAGCGCCACGCCUCUGGCGUCACAAGAGGCGACUUCUUGCGCUCUCUCCCUCGGGAAUUCGUGGAUUCUCUCGGCAAGCAGCGCAAGUACACGGGCUCUCGGCUCCUGGAUCUUCUGCGAGCGCUCCGCAACAAGCGCAAUCACUACGAAGACAUGCCGGAUUCUUUGAAGCGCCAGGUUGGAUCUCUUCCCGACGGCUACUUGAGCUACUGGACGACGCGGUUCCCGCAGCUGCUGUUGGUGUGUUGGAACGUGGUGUACAACGUGCGUUGGGAAGAUACGGACCGCUUUAGAGAGUACUACGAGCCAGCUGGACUGUAA